AUGUCGACACUUAGUCAUCACCCGUACGCGUUUUCCAUGCAUCCCGGUAUGCUCCCGGAAUACCCGAGCGCUCCACAGCCCUUGCCGGCUUCUUCGCCUCAGUCAGAAGGACACAUCAAAAGACCCAUGAACGCAUUCAUGGUGUGGUCCAGACUACAACGACGACAAAUUGCUAAAGACAACCCGAAGAUGCACAAUUCAGAGAUUUCAAAGCGACUUGGAGCUGAGUGGAAGUUGCUGUCUGAAAUGCAGAAGAGACCAUUCAUUGAUGAAGCGAAGAGACUCCGUGCGUUGCAUAUGAAGGAGCACCCAGACUACAAAUACAGGCCGCGCAGGAAGCCCAAGCCCUCGACACCCGGCAGCGGGCCCGGCGCUGGCGGGUUUCCAAGCUUCCCGCUGCCCUAUUUCGCUGGCCCGGCCCCAAAUGUUGGACAAUUUGACGCGUUAUCAUACCCAGCAGUGUCACCUUACUUCCCUCAUCAAUUGGACCAUCUGCAGUUUUCAAAACUAAUGGCUCCAACGGCGGAAAAGUUGCCGACGGCAUCAUCAGCGGCGGCGGUCGUUUCAUCGUUCUAUUCGUCUCUGUAUACGACUCCGACGGGACCACCUAAGCCGUUUUCAUCACCUCUGUUCCACCAGUACGGAGUUGCUCCAUCAUCCCCCGUGUCUCCUCCGACACAACACAGCCCGCAUGAUGACCAGCUAAGGCGGCCGGUCUCCGUAAUCUAUUGA